GGAAGGGACGCCGUGUCUGCGCGUGCCCAGAAGCGCCGCCGCCUGACGCCAGCGCACGGAGCGAGCUGCGCGCGGCGCCGGGACCCGGAAGCGGCGGAAGCGGGAGCUGGUGCUGGUGCGGAGUGCAGCGGCGUUUAGCGGCCGAACGGGGCCCCGCCGAGCGCCCGGCGCUGCGCAGAUUAUGAAAUUACAGUUACCUGUUUUCCCAAAACCUGGAGCAGAACCAAGUCUUCACAAAGUUUUUUUGCCUGUCACCUAUGAAGCUCCUGAUUUUGAAGUUGCACUUCUGCAAUGAAGAAAAGGAGGCGGCUCGCUGCAAAUCUAAACAAAAAGGUUCAUCUCGGACAUGAGAAAGAGUCCUCUUCAGAGCAGAUUCUUGUAGUGGACUGCGCACAAGAAAUUGUCCCCAAGUCUGCAGAAAGCACUCCUGUGGAUCAGCUUGACUCUUCCCAAGAACUUUCACCAUCAUCGGAGCAAAGAAAGCUCCUAAGCUCAUUGCAGUAUAACAAAAAUCUCCUUAAAUACUUAAAUGACGAUAGACAGAAACGUCCAUCAUUCUGUGAUUUACUCAUAAUUGUAGAAGGAAAAGAAUUUAGUGCUCACAAAGUUGUGGUGGCUGUUGGGAGUAGUUAUUUUCAUGCCUGUUUGAGCAAAAAUCCAAGCACCGAUGUCGUCACGUUGGAUCAUGUAACUCAUUCUGUGUUUCAGCAUUUGCUUGAGUUUCUCUACACUUCUGAGUUUUUUGUGUAUAAAAAUGAAAUUCCACUAGUACUGGAAGCAGCAAAGUUUUUAGAUAUCAUAGAUGCAGUGAAGUUGCUAAAUAAUGAGAAUGUUUCUAAUGUACAGGCUGAUGUGGUAACAGAUGCACCUACACCCGUAGAAACUCUCAGUGAACUGACAGGUAAACUGUUAAAUAAUCACCAGUGCACUUUUUGUGGUCGAAAUUUCUGUUACAAGAAGUCCUUAGAAAAUCAUUUGGCCAAAGCCCACAGAUCUCUUUCACUGGAAAGUAAACAUGGGCUAAAAAUGGUUGAGAAGGCCAACUUUUCCGCUCGGCGUUCUACAAGAAACCGUAAAUGUCCAGCCAAGUUUGAGAACAGUGACAAUGAAAGUGGUGAUGCCUCUGACAGCAAUCUGGAAAAAGUCAGCUCUGACAAGGAAACGUCUGACAGAAGCGAAUUUGAAGACAGUGAAAGUGAAUGCAACGCUGAUGAAGAGGGACAGGAAGAGGAAAUGUCAGGUGAAGAAGGUUCAGAGUCUGAGGAACAAAGUGAAAAAGAACAGAAUGAUACCGAAGAGGGUUCUGAGGCAGUUGAUGCAGUGGGAAGCAUUCCUGAAGGCUUGGCUCCAGUCAUCAUUCAAACCAGCAGCAAAAAACUACUGCAGUGUCCCAAGUGUGACAAAAAAUUUGAUCGAAUAGGCAAGUAUGAGAGCCAUACACGUGUGCACACAGGUGAGAAGCCUUUUGAGUGUGAUAUAUGUCAUCAGCGCUAUUCAACGAAGUCCAACCUAACAGUGCACAGGAAGAAACACUCCAGUGAUACUGACUUUCAUAAAAAGGAGCACAAAUGUCCCUACUGCAAUAAGCUGCACGCAAGCAAAAAGACUUUAGCGAAGCACGUGAAGAGGUUUCAUCCAGAGAAUGUACAAGAAUUUCUUUCUAUCAAGAAGACAAAAAGUGAAGGUUGGAAAUGUGAUAUUUGUAAGAAAUCUUUCACUCGAAGACCUCACUUAGAAGAACAUAUGAUCCUUCACUCUCAAGAUAAACCCUUUAAGUGUACCUACUGUGAAGAGCACUUUAAAUCCAGAUUUGCAAGACUGAAACAUCAAGAAAAAUUCCAUCUCGGGCCUUUUCCUUGUGAUAUUUGUGGCCGCCAGUUUAAUGAUACAGGAAAUCUGAAACGCCAUAUAGAAUGUACUCAUGGAGGAAAGAGAAAAUGGACAUGUUUCAUCUGUGGAAAAUCCGUUAGGGAAAGAACGACUUUGAAAGAACAUCUGAGAAUUCACAGUGGAGAGAAACCUCAUCUUUGCAGUAUUUGUGGGCAGAGUUUUCGUCAUGGAAGCUCUUACAGGCUUCAUCUAAGAGUCCACCAUGAUGACAAGAGGUAUGAAUGUGAAGAAUGUGGGAAGACAUUUAUUCGUCAUGACCAUCUAACAAAACACAAAAAAAUACACUCAGGUGAGAAAGCACAUCAGUGUGAGGAAUGUGGAAAAUGUUUUGGCCGUAGAGAUCACCUUACCGUUCAUUAUAAAAGCGUUCAUCUAGGAGAAAAAGUUUGGCAGAAAUAUAAAGCAACAUUUCACCAGUGUGAAGUCUGUAAGAAAGUUUUUAAAGGGAAAUCGAGUUUGGAAAUGCAUUUUAGGACACAUUCAGGCGAGAAACCCUACAAAUGUCAAAUCUGUAAUCAGUCUUUUAGAAUUAAGAAGACAUUAACAAAGCACAUGGUCAUUCAUUCAGAUGCUCGACCUUUUAAUUGCCAACACUGCAAUGCAACAUUCAAACGAAAAGACAAGCUGAAAUACCAUAUUGAUCAUGUUCAUGGAUCAAAGGCUGCAGAAGAAGCAUUGACAUCCUCCUCAGAGGAAAAGCUAGUCUCCUUACCAGUGCAGUACACCUCUGAUGAUAAAGUUUACCAAACUGAGGCGAAACAAUAUAUGGAACAGUCCAAAGUGUAUCAAUCAGAAGCUAAAGCUUUGCUACAGAAUGUAUCUCCAGAAGUGUGUGUGCCUGUGACUCUGGUACCAGUGCAGAUAUCUGAUCCGCAGGCCGAUCUAGUACAGCACACUACUCAGUCACAUGGCAUUCUUCCUCCACAGCCUGAGCAGACAGAUUAUCAACGAGCAACGGAUCUGUCAUUUCUAGAGAAAUACACUCUUACUCCACAACCUGCAAAUAUUGUUCAUCCUGUAAGGCCUGAGCAAAUGUUGGAUCCUAGAGACCAAUCCUAUCUUGGAACUUUACUGGGGCUAGAUACAGCUCCUAGUGUACAGAAUAUUUCAAACAAUGAACAUUCAUGAUCAGACCAUAACAUUCCACCUGAUUUCCUAAGCCAUUAGCUGACAGAAGGCUGAUAUGGCAGUUAAGAUUUAUAUUUUAUAUUUUAUUUGGACUCAUGAGUCUUCUGCAUAGUUUUGGGAAAACAGGUUUGUUUACAUAAUAUUGGAACAUGUAGGCACAUUUUGAUGCAUACUGAAAGAGUGUUUCUUGUGAUUUUAAGAGUUUUUAAAAAUCUUAUAGAUGAUCUUUUAAAAAAUAUGCUAUGAAAUAUCUUUUAAGGAUAGUGGCUGAAAACAAUGUAAUUACAUAUCUGGGCUAUUAAUUUAAAAAAUCAUUUGCCUCUCUGCAUCUCACUUUGAGUUUUAAGUGUAAUAGAAAGCAUUCUGGAAGAAUAAGGACUAUAUCAAAUUCAUUCAAAAGUGGUGGGGCAAGCAGGGAUAUAAACCACAAACUUUGAAUUAUGUUUCACAUAGAGAUUACAAUAUCAUUUUACUUGAACCCUCAGGUAUUUUUGUAGGGUUUUAAAGUCUGCUGGGCUCUGGAGCCUUGCCAAUGGACACAAGAACUGGAUUUUUCUGAGAUGUGAUCCAGGUAUUUUGUGAAGACACUAAUCAGGAUGUUUGAGCCCCCCUGAGUAUAAUUAGACUGUCUAAAUUUGGCCUGGCCUCCUAAUUCUUCCUUGGUCUGUAAUAGUGAAUUAUGUGGGAAGAUCUAGACAAUGGUAUUGUCUCAUUUUCUACAGUUAGUCCUAUAUAAUUUUAAUAGUCUUUUUUUUUCUUUUUUAAUCUUGUUUAUCUUCUUCUGAAGUGUACCCCAUACUCUGAAAGAAACGGGAGCAUUUUGCAAGGUAAUUUUAAUCUAUGAACAGUUGUAAAGGAUUGGGCAUCAUUUAUUCUUGUUAGAGCUUAAGUUUCACCAGAGUCCCACACUAGCAUGCCCAUUUUCAGGUUACCUGUGAUAAAGAAGAAAUCUAAAAGCUAUUAUUUCCAGAGCAGUGUACAACCUCUAUUUAUAAAAAAAGAAAUAAUCACUAAUUGCAGAUCUUUUGUGAGUUGCUAAUUAAAUUGUUUUGUUUCUCACUGUACUGUGUUUAUAAAACAAACUCAAACUCUUGAGAGUAUUUUAUGUCUUUAAUUAUUUUUAGCUUUUUCUUUAUCAGACAUGAGGAGUUUUUUUUUCCAAAUGAACCAUUUUGAGCUACAAGUCUAAUGGUCAGUAUAAUUUAACCUCAUUGAGCUUUCUGCUUUAAGCCUAUUUUAAAAAGAAUUAUUCUGUGUUUGUUUGGUGAAUAUUAUGCCAAAGAAAGUAUCUGAAGUAAUUUUAUAGUCUUCAUUAUUCCUCACAAGAAUCAUAUACUGAGACAAAACUUUCUCUAGUUUCCUCUGUUCUUAAAGGAACUUUCCAGUGGGAAAGUGGACAUAUGCAAUCACGGUAAUGACUUUGUUACUCUGUGAUUGUUAAAUUUAUCCAGUGACCUGAGCACAAGCAAUCUGUGGUGAAGAGCUCUUUUAGCAUCACAGUUCUAUUUAAGUAGCACAGAUCAUUUCAAAUCCCAUUCACAUGCUUUUGGUGUUAGAUUCUGUGAUGUGACAUCGACUUCAGUGAUGAGCAGUUUGCAGGAGAGGGGCCAGAGAUGCCUGAAUGUUUGUAUUUUGAAGCUUCUACUCCAAUGAAUUCUUAACCUAAAGACACCAAAGAUUUCUGUUAGCUGUUAACUAGUGGCAGUUAGAGAAUUUACAUGUUAUCGAUAUUUAAACAGGACUUAGCCAAAGAAGCACAACAGAAGUCCUAAACUUUUAAAGUUCAGUUUCUAAAACAGGACUACAUCUGUUUAACUGUUCUAUAUAUCUCUAAAGUGAAGUUUAGAGCUGUGCUCUGGGAAUGUUCAGGCUGACAUGCUGUAAAUAUAUCUGCUAAGAAGCUGUAUACUAGCAAAUACACAGCAAUAACCAGGCCAUUGAAUGCCACCUUCACAAAGGACACUAUCAAGUACUAUCCUUCCUGCUUUCUAACUCCACCUUCAUCUCCUUUCAAAAUAAAACCAUUUAUGUCAUCUUUACACUCCAUGGCAUGGAAAUGGCUGUUUUAUGUCUGGUUUUCAAGUCGACAUGUGUCACAUUCACGUUACUGCACGUGGAGCGCUGGAACAGGCUGCCCAGAUGGGUUGUGGAGUCUCCUUCUCUGGAGACAUUCCAAACCCACCUGGAUGAGUUCUGUGUGAUUUACUCUAAGUGGUCCUGCUCUGGCAGGGGAGUUGGACUUGGCUAGGUUCCUUAAGAACCCUUAAGAUUCUGUGAUUCUGUGACAUGAAAUACAAUUUCAGCAUUUGUGAUUGUACUGUUCAAAAUAACCAACGUCAAUGGUGUCAGUGCAGUUCUCAGACUAAAAAGCCUAAUUCUUUGUUCUUUCUUGUCUCUUCUGUCUUACGGUAGAGAAAAAAGUAGUAUUUGGACAAAACAGUGGCUUAAAAAUAGUGGGUGACUAAUUUUUUCUUUUAAAAUCCAGUCUGUGUAGAAGGCACUCUAGGAAGGUAAGUGGAAUUUGGAGCAUUUUUACUUGAUAAUGUCCUUUUUAAGAUUAUUUCAUGAUUAUUGUGCCUUUUCUGUCUAUUCUGAAUAAUGGCUUUUUCUCUAGUUGAUUGUUGGGAAAACAUUAAGGUCAAUAUCUUCCAAAGGGCUUUGUGUUUUCAGGUGCCCAACAAGAAAAAUGAACACUCUCUUUGCUGUUUGGGUGGCCAGAAUUACUAGUCAUUCCUGGAGAAAAAUGACCUACUAGUUCUUUGGCAUUCUUUUGUUUGCAGAUAAUCUUACUAGUUAGUGUAUUUACCUGCUGGUCAGGCUGGAUCAUUGCCAGUUGACAGAAAAUAGGAAAGCUUAUGUGCUAGAGACAUAGUUUUUAUUUUUUUAAUAUCAUGAGCUAUAAUUCUUGUGGCUUUACAUCUAUUUAAAAUUCAUAUAUGAUCAAAGAAAAUUUCCAUGGACUGGUACUUCAUUUGGUAGGUGGAAGUAGAUGGUCUCUGUGUGGUGGAGGACAGUUCCUGUUAAGAGGUCUGGAGUUGAAGGGCAGAGAUCUGCACCUCACAGCUGCAUGAGUCAGAACUCCGUAGGGGUCUAAUGUGUAUGUACUCAUCCAAGAGUGCAUGUUCUGUUGGAUCUGGAUGGUGCUUGUACAAUAAAGGCUACAUUUUAUCUGACAGUCAUUGACCAGUUGUUGCCAAAGAAGGGAGAAGCAGAUCUCUCUUAAAAAUAUCUCUAAAGAGUGAUCAGUGGCACAUUUCAAAAAGUUAGUCUUUUUUUGACAUGCUGACCUUUGGGGAGAAGAGUGGAGUGCAUGUUGGUACUCUAAACUGCUUUGUCGUUCUGAGAACUUCCUGCACUCAUUCUAUUUAAAUGCUGACAUCUGUACAUUUUGCUAAACAGAUUUCUCCUCGUUGACUGGGUUACCGCCCUUAAUUCUUUGAAGUGGAUUUUAUGUUCAAUUUAUUUAUUCAUAUUGGAAUUUCCUCUUUGAGCACUGACACUUUUCCUACAGAAGUAUGGCUGUCAUGGGUUCUUGCUGUGCUGAACAUCAGUAAUUGUAAUGGUGAUGAUAUACCUUCUCUAAGGCUGUGGUUUCCUUAACAAUCUAGUGCUACUUUAGUCUGGAUUAUAAUUCAAGUAGUUAUUAUUAAAGAUGGAUCAUGUCAGAACACGAUGACAAGAGAUUUUAUUUGGUAUUAUCAGAGAGUAAAGUUUAUUUCCCGAGUAAUGAAUGUGGAAGAGCAUCCAGAACUCUGACGAACACUUUGAAGGAAUUCCCCCGUAAAGUGUGUGAUGGAGCGUGAGAAGUGUUAUGGAGCGUUAAGGGAUAAAUGACCCUCAGGUUUGUGAGUUUAAAAUAAAUUUUGUGUAGAAGUUCAUGAAUGUAGAAUUAUAAAUGAAGUCUGAGGAGGCUGUUGUAGAUGAAUAGAGUUUUUUCCCUGAAAACAAUAAAGAUGUGGAAUGUUCUAUAUUGAGCAUACAUACAUAACCAAUCCGGAUUGCAUGUUCUCCACAUGACUGAAGCUGAAGGGAAACUGCAUUUGUCUGAAGGUUUUUGUGACUGCUGUCACAUGUGAUCUUUCUCUACAAUAUCAUCUCACAGUGAUAUUGUUUCAUCGUAUGUGUCCAAGAAUGACACUGGCAGAACAUAACACAAGGCAGUCACUUUGCCUAAGAGGAUCUUUUUAACGGGUUGUAAGAAAUGCUUUGGUGUGAAAGGAUGUGAUGGGUUAAAGGUAGUUGCAAAAGUUUUUGAAUCUCUCGUGACCAUUUUGAUCCUGUUUAAAUGUUGGUGCUUUUCUAUGAAAGAAUACGGUGAAAUAAACUCAAUAUUUUGUCACUAGUAUAUGAGAUAAUGUGUUUUAAAUGUGAUCUGUAUAGAUUGAUAUUUCAGGUAGAAGUCUUUAAAGUUGCCUUUUUAGGGGAAAUUCAUUGCUGUAAGGAGGAGUUAGGAAGUGUAUCGUAAAUGUAGAAGUACUCAGUCCUAUGUGUGAUUUUGUUUAUUAUGGACAAGUAAAGUUCUGUUGUCUUAACAUUGCUUGCUUCACAGGAUUUCUGGCAGAGGUGCUUGCGCUAGGUUUUGAUUUCUGCUCCCACUCCUUGUUUGUUUGUUUAUUUGUUUUUAAACAGCUUGGAAGCACAGUAUUCUGUGUGUCUUUCAGUUUUAAAGCUCAUGAAAGAUAAACAGAUGAGGCUUUUGUUUUUCCCAUCCGAUUUGUGCGCGUCUCACUCCACUUUUUAUUUUAAAAUAUUUUGUAAAUUAAAUCUAUUUAGAAAAA